GCUGGAUAGCAAUAGGACUGUAAAUGAUAGGUAAUGGUGAGUCCCUCUUGCUUCUCUCUGUCCACGGAGACCUGAACCAACAGCAGACAAUGCACAGAUUCCCUCAGCUCCUAAAGACAAGGCCAGUGAGGAGCAAAAUGCCCGUAAUCAUCCAGCGAUGGUCAGAGCAUGGACCCAGUACCGUGCACAAUCAAGGACGCUGGCAUGAUCCAGAGAAACUUGAUGCCUUCAUCAUGGAUAAAGCACUCUUAGAUUAUGAAGUGUCAAUAGAUGCCGACUGCAAGCUCCUAACUGUGGGAAAACCUUUUGCCAUUGAAGGAUAUGGCAUUGGUCUUCCCCCCAGCUCUCCACUCACUUCAAACAUCUCUGACCUUAUCAGCCGGUACAAAUCCCAUGGCUUCAUGGAUGUUCUGCACAACAAGUGGUACAAGGUGGUUCCCUGUGGGAAAUGCAGCUUCGCCAUCACGGAGGGCCCACGUGGGAAACAGCCAGCAUGCAGUGUGGAACACAGCUAACCUGGGCAACUGCCACCAAAAAAACCACAUCUGCACCGAUGAGGGGCAGAACGAGGUGACAAUCCAUCACCACCAGGACAUCCCCCUGCCACAGGGGAGGAGAGAGACUCUGCCUUCCUUAACCACCAACGGGAAAGCAGAGUCCCUCAACACUGCAAGGACCUCAGUGCUGCAAGAGCUGACAGAACUGGAGAAGCAGAUUGAAAUCAUCAAACAGGAGCUGCAACUUGCCAUGGACAGGAAAUCAGAGCUGGAAGAGGGUGCAAGGACAAAUAGAACCGCAGAGUCCUAGGCCAGCAUACCUGGGCCCUUCCCCUUUUCUUCCUCUCUCCCCUUCCUCUGUAAAAUUUGUAACACACUUUUGUAAUGCCAGAAAGGGGUGCAAAAAUAAAGCAGGCAAUAAGCUCUUCAGGAGAGCAAAACUGCAGCAGCGCAGAGCUACUGCCACUCUCCUGAGUCCUCCUCCUUACACAAGUUUCUUUUCUUAUUCUCCUGGAAAACACCAGCCAUUCCCAAGGGACUGGAGAGAAAAGGAGCAUCUCAAUGAGAGUUCCUCAUUUCUCCACUUGACAGUACAGUGAGGUUCCACUUUUUUUGCCUUUUCUGUGCAUCAAUUGAAAAAAAAAAAGAUAACAAAAAAAGAUUUAAACUGUUCAUUGGCAGUAUGUCCCUUUGUUGGUACAUUUUUGUUGUGUUCUGUAUGGGUCUAGUCUCUGUCCAUGUGAAGGCUCCUCACGGAUGCCUCUUUAUGGCACGUGCUGUUCUGUGUUGGCAGUCCCUUCCCUCCUGGCACAGGCUCAUGAGACAAAUUCCUGGUGGCAAACCCAUCACACACCAUUCCCUCAGCACAAAUGGAGGUGCGGUUGCUCUGUGGUGAAGGAACUCACCCAGCUUAAAAUAACUUGGCAAAAACCAAACCACCACUUCUGCCUGCCUGUGAGUCUAGGCCGGGCUUCCACUCCCUCCCAGAGAGAAGCCAUGCAAACACUGCACCAGCAGGUGAAGGGAUGGAUCCACAGUGGCACAGGGCAAGGAUGAGAAGGGAGAGGGGGCACUACUGUAAAUCAGUAUUUACCUCAAAAACUGAAAUAUUCGCCAGUGUGAAACUACUCCCUUAAUAUUCUCUGUCUUAAGAUGACAAUAAAGUCCUUAAUCACAGAUGAGAUGAAUAAAGGGACUCUGGACCAUGAUUUAUUUAGAUACCAAGGUCCCAUCAAAACCAAAAGGAAUCACAAAAACUGCUCUGUGGAUAAAGAAUGAGAAGUGUGGUUUCAGAGGCAAUGUACUGAAUGGAGCUCUCUCCCUCCUGGGUGAUGAGGGGAAGGAAGGGUAAGCUGUUCAGCAUAUGAAUAAACACUGCAUCAACCCAA